AUGCCCAAUCCACCAAAUCAGUUGGGGGGUGACAGUCCCUCUAUCUUCCCUCUGGUAUCUAAGAAACGGGAAAUUGUACUAUUUUCCUCCACUGCCAUUGCCCUCUAUGGCUACGAUCAAGGUACUUGCCGUCCUUGCACUAUGGUACACUCUCUCUAAUAGGUCCAGGAAUGAUGUCUUUAAUCAAUACCAAUUAUUCAUAUCUUAAAACCAUGGGAAUUGCCGAAGAGUCUCCCAUUGUCGGAAUCAUAGUAUCAGUAUACUAUUUAGGCUGUGCUGCUGGAGCAGUGGUUGCUUCCUGGUUGGCAGAUAGAGAAGGCAGAAAACCAUCCAUUUUCACAUGUCUCGCUACGACGGCCUUGGGGAAUAUCCUUAUGUUCGUAUCUGGUCUAUCUGGACUUUCAGCCGAAGCUUCGUCAUCUUGGAAUGGGCAUGCGAUCAUUACCAUGUUGCUCGGCCGUAUUGUCAUGGGUCUGGGAGUAGGAGGCAUUGAUGCGGUGAUUCCUGUUUACAGCAGCGAACUCUCGUCGGACAAAGCAAGAGGAAGAGCAUUAGCGCAGGAGUUCCAGAUGAAUAUAUUUGGUUUGUUGGUGGCAUAUGCUAUAAACCUAGGCAUCACGAUCGCAUGGGGGAAAGAAAAUCAAUGGGCAUGGAGAGUUCCCAUCAUUGUUAUGCAAGCUUUCCCCAUCUUGUUGAUGUUGGUGAUUAGUCGACUUCCAGAGACACCCCGUUGGUUUUUUAGUAAGAAUCGAAAAGAUGAUGCUAAAGAUGCUUUGGAAGACAUACAUGGCAAAGAAACCGCGGCAUCAAAAUUUGCCGAGUUAGAGAAAGCCCAGGAGGAGGAGAGUAACGCAAAAGUCGGAUACAAAGAUAUGCUUAUUCCAGGUGGAUCGCAUUCCCAUCCUUCCAUGGUAACCGUCAUGGGGCAGAUAAACCAAGCACUUACAGGUUUGAUACUCAUUCUUUCUCUUGUAAAUCUUCUUCUGACUUUACAAAACAGGUUACGGGGCAGUUUCCGUAUACGGCCCUCAAAUUUUCGAAUUGUUGGGCUUCAACACCCGUCCAGCCGAGUAUCUAACACUUGGAAACUACAUUUCAUACUUCCUGACCAUGACCAUCGCCUGGCUUACAAUCGAUGUGAUCGGUCGUCGUAGACUCAUGAUAUGGGGCUCAGCUGGUCUAUCAGCCUCCUUCCUCUUGCUCACAAUCUUUGGCGGUCUGGCUACUGUCUCUCGAAUUCCAGAUUUAGCAGUAGAGAUCCCAGGAACUGUAAUUCUCUUCAUCGCAACAACAAUUUUCGGCAUCACCUGGCUCCCAACCGUCUGGCUUAUCCCUACAGAGAUUUACCCUUCCACAGCUCGGGCACAAGGUGCAGCCAUCUCCGUAAUUGUAUGGGGAUUCGCGAAUUUUACCGUUACGUUACUUACACCCAUUGGCUUUAACCAGUUGAAGUACUGGUUGUUUCUGGUGUUUGCCGUUACUAAUGGGUUUGCGGGGUGGUGGACCAAGAGGUAUUCUCCUGAGAGUGGAGGGAGGAGUUUCGAGGACAAUCAGGGGUUCUUUGAGAGUGCGGCUAAGGAGGGUAGUUGGGUUGUUUCGAAAGUUGAUGGAGGGAGGUUCAAGCGUAUGGAAAGGAAGGCCGUUGAACAGCCGGAAGAAGAGGAGGGCAUCAGAAGUCCACUUUUGGGGAGGAGGGAAAAUUGA